UAUUUGUCAUUAAAAUACAAUAAUUAUUUAUACAUAUAGUGACAGUCAAUGUAUUGAAUGAAUCAAUUUAUUAAAUAUAUUUAAUAUAUAAUUAAAUAUAUCUAUUGUAUUGUAUUAAAAAAAUUUAUCAAUCAUUACAUCCAUUAGUUGUAAAUAUAAUCAUUUGUUUGUUUGUUUUGUGAUAAUCAUCAGCUAAAUCAUCAGAUAAGACAAGAGAUCCAAAUGGAGUGGUUGUUCGGCAAGAAGAAGACGCCCGAAGAGUUGUUACGCCAGAAUCAGCGGGCGUUGAACAAAGCGGUACGCGAUUUGGACAGAGAACGGACCAAAAUGGAGGCACAAGAGAAGAAACUGAUUGCCGACAUCAAAAAGAUGGCAAAAGACAAUCAGAUGGACGCCGUCAAGAUUAUGGCCAAAGAUUUGGUCCGUACGCGGCGUUACGUCAAAAAAUUUAUACUUAUGAAGGCCAACAUACAGGCCAUCGGUCUAAAAGUACAGACACUGAGGUCACAGAAUGCUAUGGCAAUGGCCAUGAAAGGUGUCACCCGAGCACUGCAGUCGAUGAAUAAACAGAUGAAUUUGCCGCAAAUUCAGCGAAUUAUGCAAGAAUUUGAACGUCAAUCGGAGAUAAUGGAUAUGAAAGAAGAGAUGAUGAACGACGCCAUCGACGACGUAAUGGGCGAUGAAGAGGACGAAGAAGAGAGUGAAGCUGUCGUCUCACAAGUGUUGGACGAGUUGGGCGUUCAACUGAAUCAACAACUAAACGAUUUGCCACAGGCUAUCGGUUCGCUGAAUCCAUCGGCUAAUAAUGCAAAAACUCCCGUUGCUGUGACCGAUGCCGACGCAGAUCUUCAGGCAAGACUCGACAACUUAAGACGAGAAUAGACCAACAAAAAUAAAGUUUUUGACGACAAAUAAAUUAAAAAAACCAUUAUUUGUAUAUUUUUACAUAAAUUUAAAAAACAAUAUUUUAAUUAUUAUGGCAAUUGAUUUACCAUAAAAUAUACAGUAGUUGUUGUAAUUUAUUAUAAUUAUUAUUAAAAACAUGAUAUAACUAAUGCGCUAAAUAAAUAUUUUUAAUU